CACAGCCUCUGACACUGUGGAGGAGAGCAGAGCGCCAUGAGGACAGUCAGUGUGUAAGAGUGCUGCUGCCACCCCUGCAACAAGAUGAUCCUGUUGCCUUUUCUGUUGUCUACUCUCUGGGGAGAACCGAGUUGGUGCCUGGAGGAGGACGGAGGCUUCACUACUGACACACACAUCCGCCACUUCGCCGUGGCCACCAAUACGGUUUACAUUGCAGCAGAAGACAGGCUGUACCAGCUGAACCACGACCUGACUUUGGUUCAAAAUCUGACCCUCAGAGGGAUCCUGACAGGUGGGCGUCAGACGAACGAUGCGCAAUUUUACCGGGAUUCUGAGACAAAGGAAUUGAAUGCAUCUUUCAGCGUCAACAUAUUGUUGCCGUUUGUUAUAAAUGGCACUCUGAUCAGCUGCGGUGUUAUCGAGUGUGGGUACUGCGAGGUGUUGGAACUGAACAACAUUUCCAAUGUUCUGUACAGCGAGCACAUCCAGGUGGGGUCUCUAUUGCGCAACAGUUCGUCUGUCGGCUUCCUGGUGAAUGAGAAGGAAACAAAUCCUUACAUUCUGGCCGCCUUACAGCAAGACGAAACAAAAUCCACAGGGAGCAGCUGUUCGUCUGUUGCAGAAGAGGUGAACCUUCAUAAUACCAAACAAAGCCAGCGAGGAUUUAUUUUUUCUACUGUUGGCGAGCACAAUACCCAUGUGAUCAAACGGGAGGGCAGUGUGCAGUUUGUAGAUGGAUUUCAGAUCAAUUCCAUCAUUUAUAUUUUCUCCAACUUGCCCUCAAGCAACACAGUCCGUCUCAUUUGGCUCGAGGGUAAAGCAACCAAAAAGCAGACUGUGGAGUCUCUGCGGGGCGCGAGACUCAGCCUCUCCAAUAAUACAUGGAAAGGCGGCAGACUCCUCUCCUCUUCUGUGAUCCCGGGGGGGGCUCCAGUUCUGUGGAGCGGCGUGUUCAGUGUAGACGGAGGACAGACCAACACCGAGCUGCUUCUGUUUGACAUCAGCCCGGAUCUAAGCAUAAAGGCGGAUGAAGAUCCGGACUUCUGCAGUGUGUGCAACACAAUGAAGUCGGGGAAGUCGGCAAAGACAUUGACGCCAAAGAUGUUGCGGUUCAGGCAGAAACACAUGACCUCUGUGCUGGCAGUGAGAGAGAAGGCCUGGAUAGUGUUCUUCAUCGGGACGGGAGAUGGUCAGCUCAUGAAGCUUUCUGUGGACCAGCACUAUCGGAGCUCCUGUCCCACGGUGCUCUACAGGGCCGAUGACGACCGCAGAGUGUUUCCCAAAAUGCAUCUUGAUCCAGUGGAUCUUAAACAUGUGUACAUGGCAUUCCAAAACCAGCUGAAGCGUGUAGCCGUGUCAAAGUGCGGCACAUACACAGAUGUGCAGGCCUGCUGGUCUGCACAGGAUCCACACUGUGUCUGGUGCGGGUCUAGCAAAAGUUGCACAUUUGAAGAUGACUGCACAGAUUCAGACUGGUUAUCUAUCCCUGACGAUUCUCACCAGAAAAUGGUUACCUACAAAGUUGUGAAGGACAGCACUGGCCAGGUCAUGCUACACAUCCACACACACCUGACUGUGGGACAGAAUGUGCAAGAUAAAUUUACCUGUAAUUUCUCUACAAGUUCAACUGAGCUUUGUAGCAGGGAGAGCCCCCCUCCAAAGUUCCCACAAUGCACCUGCAUUCUUUCAAAUAGCUCACUUCCUGCUGAAGGCUGGCAUGUUACAGUUUGGAUAAGACUUGGGACGACAGAAUUGAGGGAACAACUGAGACUCUCCAACUGCCCUGACAUCAGGAGACUGCCAGCGUACGUCCUGUGUCGAGCGUGUUUCAGGGUUGGGUGUGAUUGGAGCGGAGACAGCUGUACUUGGGCCAACCAAGGAGUGGGGGAUGAAAGUGUUUGCCAAAAAAUGGAGUCAAUGAUGAACUUUCCAAGACCAGAGAUCUCCUCCAUCACUCCCGGCAAUGUGUCUUUCUACGGCAGGAACCACGCCGUGCUGUCAGGCUCAAACCUCAGUGAUGUGAUCAGAGUGAGGAUUCAGGGCGACAUGGAGUGCAUUCCACAAGAAUCUCCUGUGUGGAACAACACUGGCGUGAGCCUGACGUUCCACAUUCCCAGUGCAGAAAAUAAAGGUGUGGUCAAAGUAUGUGCUGUCCUUCCAGAUGGUAGUUGCCAUGGCAACGCCACAAUCACCUACCAGUCAUCUCCAUCAUGCACCGACAUCACACCAAGCAGCUCCUGGAUCAGUGGGAAGAGGAACAUCACUCUCAUGGGUUCCCACCUGGAGCUUGUGGAAGGGGUCCUGCACAGCCACCGUCUGCAGGAAGUCAUGCUUCCCAGAAACAUCCACUCUCAGAAUCUCACAUAUGACGCUCCUGCAGCCGAAAAAGGGAUUUCUGCUGUGACAGUGUUUCUGAAAGUAGCCAAUGAGAGCUUGGCCUGCUCCAAAACAAUUAGCUACCAUCCGGAUCCCGAGUUCAUCAGCUUCACGUCCACAGUGACAGGAGAUGGUUUGCGCAUCACCAUACAGAAAAAGGCGGAUGAACUGGCGAUAAGGGAAGCAGAGUUAUCUGUGUGUACUGUUCAGGGCGAACACCCCUGUGUAAUGAAGGACAAAGAGACCAGUAAUGAGACGGACUUCUUCAUCUGUGAGAUCGAAAAGACACCCUUUCCUAAAUUUCAGCAGUUAAGGAUAAAUUAUGGACACAGGAGAGUGAUCCUGAACGGCAGGAAUUCAAUCCUUCAGUACCUGAUGCUGCUGGUCCUUCUGCUGAUACCCUGCAUUUGUGUUGUGGUGGUGAUCAUCUACCGAAGCCAACAGAAGAAGCUUACUGCUACGAUGAACAGGCGUAUGGAAGACCUGGAGCUGGACAUCAGGAAUGACAUUAGACAAGGUUUUGUGGAUCUGCAGACAGAGAAAGCUGACCUGAUGGAAAAUGUCGGAGCCAUUCCUUUCUUGGACUACAAGCACUUUGCCUCCAGAAUCUUCUUUCCCGAGGACGACUCUCUGAUGAGGCUGUGUAUCAAAGACAUGGGCCAGGAUGUUGUAAAGGUUCACCUUGACGACUGUUGCCAAGGCUUGUCCAGGCUGCUUCAGGAUCAGCUCUUCCUCACAUCCAUGGUGCACGCUUUGGAGGAGCAGAAGCGCUUCACCAUCAAAGACAAAUGUGCUCUGGCAUCAUUGCUAACCGUAGCGCUCCACCAUAACCUGUCGUACCUGACGGAGGUGAUGGAGGCUCUGCUGAAGGCUCUGACGCAGCAGAACAGCAACACACAACCCAAACUCCUGCUGCGUCGCACUGAGUCUACCGUGGAGAAACUGCUGACCAACUGGAUGUCCAUUUGCCUUUAUGGCUUCCUCCGGGAGACGGUCGGCCAGCACUUGUUUCUGAUGGUGAGUGCCAUCACGCAGCAGACCGCUAAAGGACCUGUGGACUGCGUGACCGAGAAAGCUCUUUACACACUGAGUGAGGACUGGCUGCUGUGGCAGGCUCAUGACUUCCGCUGCCUGAGGCUGAAGGUGCUGUUUGCUGUGGGUAGCGACGGAGAGCUGAGCGAGCCUCUGGAGGUCAGCGCGCUCAGCUGUGACUCGGUGGAGCAGGUCAAAGAGAAGAUCCUGAACACCUUCAAGGCCAAGUUCGGGUUCCCCUACAACACCCCCCUCAGGGAAAUCCAUAUUGAGUAUGAGAGGGAGGGGUCGUUCAUUCCUCUGGAGGAGGUGGAUGCGAGCUCUGAGGUCAUCGGGGAGGUGACCAUGCUGAACACACUCACGCACUACAAGGUUCCUGACAGAGCGACUGUUAAAGUUCUCUCCAGGAAAACACAUCCUCCGCUGAGCCCGCAGGGGAGUCUGAAGGAUGAUGAGAACUUCUCUGGGAAAUACUUUCACUUGAUCGAUCCUGAUGUGGACGAGGACCAGAGGAAGAACCCAGGGAGGAAGAAGUUAAAAUUAAAGGAAGUGCACCUCACCAAGCUGCUCUCCACCAAGGUGGCCGUGCACUCGUUUGUGGAGAACCUGUUCAGAUCUAUCUGGGGGACGACAAACUGCAGAGCCCCGCAUGCUGUCAAAUACUUUUUUGACCUUUUGGACGCUCAAGCAGACUGCAUGAAGAUCAGCGACCCAGAUGUCCUGCACAUCUGGAAGACCAACAGUUUGCCUCUGCGCUUCUGGAUCAACAUCCUGAAGAACCCCCAGUUUGUGUUCGACAUGCAGAAGACUCCACAGCUGGACAGCUGCCUAACCGUCAUCGCUCAGGCCUUCAUGGACUCCUUCUCCCUCAGUGAGACCCAGCUAGGAAAGCAUACACCAAUCAACAAGCUCCUCUACGCAAAAGAUAUUCCCAAGUUCAAACAGGAAGUAAAGGCUUACUACAAGCAGAUCAGAGACCAGCCAUCAAUCACAGACUCAGAGUUCAGGGAGUUCCUGCAGGAAGAGUCAAAGAAACACGAGAACGAGUUCAACGAAGCCGUCGCUCUCAGAGAGCUCUACAAGUACAUACAGUGCUACUUCACAGAGAUCAAAGAGAAGCUGAACCAAAAUGGAGCCCCUUUGGAGACGAUGGAGCAACUAUACCAUGUUAAGAACUCUUUUGACAGACUGAAGAGCUGCUCCUGGGACUGAGCCACAGCCUUCUCUCUCUCACAUGAAAUAAAGCCCUGCUGGACUCUG